GGUCCUUCUCAUUUGUGUGAGUCAUGCUUUUGCUGUGAGCGAGUUGGCAGCUCUAAGCAGGACUGGGAUCUCAGUCACAGAAAACUGUUACUUCACCCAACCUUAACAGGGAACCAAAAGAAAUUGCUUAAAAAUAUACUUUUUUUUUUCCUGCUUGUUUUUCCUUAUACUCUUUGAUUUUUUUUUUACCCCAAAAUCUUGUUAUCCGUCCGUGUCGUUAUGAAUCGUGUGCUAUGCUAGUGCAGGCAUCUCCUGCCUUGGCAUCAGAUUUGCCAGAACAUAUGCAGGAGAGCAGAUAGAAGGGCAUGCUUCAACGUAACAAGUAUAACCGCUUCAGGAAUGAUUCUGUGACAUCAGUUGAUGAUCUUAUUCACAAUUUGUCCAUGAACAGCAAAGUCUCAGCAGUUGCUACGACUUCAGCUUCACCUUCGUACCUGGUCUCGACAGAGGUUCUCCGCAAGGACCACGAAGAUGGACCCACCACCCUGUGUAGCCUUAUCCAUAAAGUGUCCCACUUGAAACUCUCUAGCACAGGCAGCCUUUUGGGUAUCAAAAACCUCUCCUCUGCAGUAAAGGAGCUUGCUGUCUCCAAGUUGCAGGGAAGCUCGAGUGCUUCUAGUUCAGCAGCAGGGGCUUCAGACAACACAUGUAACCUUGUCUCUGCCACUUCGUGUUCUCAGCAGGACGCGAGCAAGAUGAGUAUGGGGAAAAAGGCACGGUCAGAGGAAAUGCACCUGGGAGGUGAAGAUUGGAAUCAAAGUAGCAGCUUUGUCAGUAAACCCUCUCGAGGAUGGCUGCACUCGAAUGAGAAGAUCCUGGGACCUGGUGUGACGUACAUUGUGAAGUACUUGGGGUGUAUAGAAGUCUUACGCUCAAUGAGAUCUCUUGACUUCAAUACUAGAACACAGGUUGCAAGGGAAGCAAUCAGUCGUGUUUGUGAAGCCGUGCCUGGUGCCAAAGGAGCCUUCAAGAAACGAAAGCCACCAAGCAAAGUCCUUUCUAGCAUCUUGGGAAAGAGCAAUCUUCAGUUUGCAGGAACGAGCAUAAUGUUGAAUAUCUCCACCACCAGCUUAAAUCUAAUGAAUCCUGAUACGAAACAGAUCAUAGCAAAUCACCACAUGCAAUCUAUUUCCUUUGCGUCUGGAGGCGACCCGGAUACAACUGACUAUAUUGCAUAUGUAGCUAAGGAUCCUGUUAAUCGGAGAGCUUGUCAUAUACUGGAAUGCUGUGAUGGCGUGGCCCAGGAUGUCAUCAGCACCAUAGGGCAAGCGUUCGAGCUUCGAUUUAAGCAAUAUUUGCGAUGCCCCUCUAAGAUACCUACUUUCCAGGAUAGGACGCAGAGUUUUGAGGACCCGUGGACGGAGGAAGAAAACGAGCCAACAGAGCAUCCCUAUUACAACAACAUCCCAAAUAAAAUACCUCCCCCUGGCGGCUUCCUUGAUGCCAGGCUCAAAUCAAGACUUCCCACUGCUGCAGACACAGCUCAGUCUGCAACAGGAGUGGGAAGAGAGCAAAUUUAUUAUCAGAGCCAUCACUCAGGAGACAAAGUCAGUGAAGAAUGGCAUCAUGGGCCUGUUACACAAGGAUCUCUGGAUAUCUCUGGUAUGCCAGAAAAGAAAUCAGAAGUAAUACCGACAGCAGAGAUGCCAACAUAUGUAAACACCCAGCAUAUAAAUGUAGAAGCUCUGCUGGCACUUCAGGCAGAUGCUGAAUGUACCUUCAGUGGAACAACAGAGGAGACCAAAGCAAGCAGCCCAGCAAAGGAUCUGUUUGACAUGAGACCAUUUGAAGAUGCCCUCAGGAAUCAAACCUCUGAGGCCGUGCUGAAGAAAUCCACCUCCACGGGAUGCACCAGUCCUGUUUCAUCCAGGGCAGCUGCCCGGACUGAAGCUGAAGAGCUGAGUGCAGAGCCGUGGUAUCAAGGAGAGAUGAGCAGGAAAGAAGCAGAACAGCUGUUAAAGAAGUGUGGAGAUUUCCUCGUGAGGAAGAGCACCACGAAUCCUGGCUCCUAUGUGCUGACAGGCAUGCACAAUGGACAAGCCAAGCACCUUCUUUUGGUGGACCCAGAAGGAACUGUUCGUACAAAAGAUCGUGUCUUUGACAGCAUAAGUCAUCUCAUCAACUAUCAUCUUGAGAAUAAUUUGCCAAUAGUUUCUUCAGUGAGUGAACUCUGCCUGCAACAGCCUGCUGAAAGGAAACACUGACUCCAGAUCUCUUUCAGUUUUUGUAACUUGUAAGCUAUAACUGGUAGAAAUUGCAGAUCUUAAAAAAACCAAACAUGUACAUUAAAAAAAAUGCGUAGUCACAUAUACUUCAGCAGUAUGUUUUCUUUAUGUUUAAGAAGCCCCAUUUCAUAUGGUACACUUGAAAAUUCUCAGUUCUUUGUGUAGACAUGAAAUCACAGCAGAAAGCUUUCUUAAAAGUAAUUUCAAUAAAAUUGUUCGGAUUCUCUAAUGUGACUGUUGAUAAUGUAUAUAUACAUACCAUAUAUAUAAAUACAGUAUAUAUUUAUAUUUUUUGAGUCAGUCUGUUGACAGUAUAGAACUAUCUUCUGUGCCAUGUGUUUCUACCAAAAGAAAAAUGACAAUUGUGAUUGUUCAGAUAAAAAGUAGAAUUCAGCAGUCUCAAUUUCUUGAGAAAUUUAAUAUUAGGAAUUUAUUUCUGAUUUUACCUAAGAAGCACAACUAUGGGGAUUACAGGUGGAUUAUGCUAAUUAACCAUGGUAGGAGCCUGAAUUCAGCAUCUACUAUUCCAACUCAGAAAUUUAGCAUAAAAUAUUUUUGAAAGCAUAAUCCACUUAUGUCAUUGAUGUCAAAAGGAUUUUAUCUUUCUGAUGUCAAGUUUGAAUUCUUAUAUGGUGAUACUCGAAACAUUUGUAUCUUACUUUAACAAUGAUUUGGUGUGAUCUCUCUGUGUAUGAGGUGUGUGCUUUGAUUUUUCUGAUGAUAUUGUGACAAUAUAUUGUAAUUUAUUAAUUUCAGUGCUAAAAGGUUAUUUAUAAGUAGUUCUCUGCUUAUGGUGAAGAUCUAGGUGUCCUUGACUAACAGUCUUGAAUGAGAUGUUGCAUACUGAGUAGACAAGUUCAAAUAACUUGUGUGUAAUAGUCUUAAUCCAAGAUGUACAUGAUUGUUCAAAGACAUAUCUGAAAAACCUUUUCUUCUUAUGGAUGGUGAAAACUAUCCCAACUCAGUGGUCAGUUUUGCAAAUUUUGCCACUUGCACUUACCUACCAAAGCGUAACUUCAUGUUGGCCUUCAGCAAGUGAUAGGUAUUGCAAAUACACUGUUUUUCUCUAAACAUCAAGUUCAAGAAAUACACAUAUACUAAAGACGCAUUUCUGGCAGAAACGACCUCGACUUUUGGUACUGGGAAAUGCUUUAAGGGAUGAUUGUACUAUUCACAUUUAAGCAUUAUAUGAAGUUAUUUUCCCAUUUUAGGAAUCUUAUUACGAGUCAAAUUCAAUAGACACAGUUCCUGUAAAGACAAAACUUGUGCCAGAGUCAAGAUUUAGCCUUCAGCAAUCCGAGGUCUUCUCUAGCACCAGUCUCUCAAAUCAAAUCUUCAGACUUGAUUCAUAAAGACUCGGCAGGGUAGAGUCGAGGUUAAGCAUCUGCCUACCCUGCAGUAGUCAACACUUAAAUCUACUUAAAGUUAGAUUUGGUUCUAAGAAUUUGCUAAGUUUAAAAGUUUGUCAAGACGUAACAAAAACGACUGAAUGAUUUACUUAGAAUACAUUCAGGCAGGACCAUGAUGUUAAAAUUCUGAAAUAAUUUUCUUGUAUCAUCUCCUUUUAAAUGUGGUGAAUUUGCAGCUUGGGAAUUUGAUUUUGGUUAAUCUCAAAACUGAAAAUGACUGAGGCACCUAAGACUAAUCAUGUAAUCUGUGGCAGGUGUAAAGAUACACCUGAUUCUAUAAUCGAGACAUCCAGAAGCCAAACUAAGACAUUAGCAAACAAAAUGCUAGUGAUUAAUUUUACUAUGGAUAGUUUUUAUUUGAUAUUUCUUGGUCUGGAUGGAAGCUGAGAGCAAAGGAGAGAAAUUAAAUGCUGCAUUGUAACCCAAAUCAGUAUGGCAUUACAUUUACAGGAACUCUUAAAAUCUGGUUUUACUACAUUGGAUAUCAUAAUAUGUGAAC